CUAACUAGGGUAUUUACCAACUACUUCUUCCAUUUCCCCUGUCCUUCCCUGACCCUCUGCGGCUUCCGGCGACACCGUUCAGGAUUGGGUCUUAUUCACCAUGAAGAGAGCAAUGCCGUGGAGCGAUCAGGUGGAUCUUAUAUCUUCAGAUGAAUCUUCUUCAGAUGCAGAGGUAGAGGUUAAUGAUGGAACCAGUAAUUCCCCUACCGAUCAACCACCCCAAGAUAUGUCCCCUGAAGGUUUGUUGAUGAAAAGGGCAGAAUUGUACCAGGAGUAUAUGAAGCAAGUACCCAUCCCAACACAGCGGGGCUCUAUCAUUCCAUUUACCUCGUGGAUGGGAUUAGGCAGAUCAAUCAAGCAAUUGUAUGGUCAACCCUUGCAUUACCUCACCAACAUUCUUCUAAAACAGUGGGACCAACUGAGAUUUGGCAGUGAGGAUGAAGACAGGCCCCUGGAUACCAUCAUUCAUCCUUGUAAAGCUGAAGCCACCAUCUGGCUUAUUGAAGAAAUGCAUCGGCGCACUACAUCUUCACUUCACAUAGCUAAACUCUGGCAAUCGGAUCCAAUGCACUACGCUUUUGUAGAUCCUAUCUUCCCAGAUUUAUGAUCUGCAUUUGGAAAGAUGGUCCAAAAUGAUCCCCUUCUAACCAUUAUUGCUUAUUCUGUGGAAUGUUCCUCAAAAUUCAAUGGAACCCUUGAAGCCAACGCUGUUUUCCUUUUGGCCAGCAAAGCCAAGGCUGUUGGACGCAAACAUUUUCUUUUUCAUCUUGUAAAUUUUUUUUCUAGUUUCUUAAAUUUAGAUGUGAAAUGUACUGUCACUUUCGGAAUGAAACAAUAUGAAAUGU